CAAACUCUUCACGUACAUCCCUAUCUUUUAUCUCUAUAUAUUUGAAAUCCUUAUUAAUCCUCUAUUAAUCAUCUACACCUUCAUUCUUUCUUCAAGUGAUCAUGGCUAGGGUUCCCAUCGACAACCUUCUCCUUCUAAGGAGGGCAUACUCGGUGGCAGUGGAGAAUGCAAGGGUGCAGCCGGUAAUGACAGUGGUGAAGAAGGCUGCCGAAUCUGGCGGCACUGUGGCUGAAGAGCAGAAAGAGAUCUUUUGGAUGAGAGAUCCAAAGAGUGGCAACUGGAUUCCAGAGAGUCACUUUGGUGAGAUUAAUGUUGCAGAGCUAAGGGAGAAGCUUCUUCCCAAGAAGAAGAAACAUUGAAGAAGAAGAAUUUUGAUUCGACGACUUCACUUGACUAGGAGGAGAAAUAUUACGUUUUUGUUUCUAAAGUUACAUGCUUUUAAUCUAGUAAAACAUAUUAUAGGUUUUUGUUCCAUCUUGUCCUUUAAUAGUCCAUUAAAUAAAAGUAGCUUUAAGUAGCUUUGUUGUU